AACGUCGCGGUUAUCGCGGAGCUCGAGAGACAUAAACAAACAGUUGCGCUUAUCAUGCGUACCACGAUCGGACGACUUUUGCAUUGUUCAGUGUCAAGGAUGCUGAGGAAGCCGCAGAUCGAACAAUACAGUUUCGGUGCGAAACGGCCAAAGUUGCUCGUCACCUGCUCCGACAUUCCGGGCAGCUACGUUGACCUGCUUCGUGAGAAAUGUGAUGUCACGGUGUGCAGCGGCACAAACCGAGCGGAAAUACUGCGGUCUGUGCCCGGGGCCGACGGUAUCCUCUGGCUUACCGCGGAUCGACUGGACGGCGAAGUGCUGGAUGCUGCCGGAUCGCAGUUGGCAGUCGUUUCGACGAUGACCUCCGGAAUGGAUUAUGUAGACGCAGAUGAGUUCGCACGGCGUCGGAUUGCUCUCGGCCACACGCCCACCGUUGUAAAUGGUCCGGUCGCGGAUAUUGCCAUCGGAUUGAUGUUGGCCGCGGCACGACGGUUUCACGAGGGCCGCCAGAAGAUUGCGGCCGGACAGUGGGAAAUGCGACCACAGUGGAUGCUGGGGCAGGACGUACCGGGUUCUACGAUCGGUAUCAUCGGGUUCGGUGGAAUCGGGCAAACGAUUCGGAAACGUUUGCAAGGCUUCGAUAUUGCGCGCUGCCUGUAUACUGGCCGUUCCCGUAAACCGGAAGCGGAUCUAGCGGGUGCCGAGUUUGUGGAGCUACCAACCCUGCUGAGGGAAAGUGAUUUCGUAUUCAUUGCCUGUCCACUGACGAGCGAAACGGUGAACAUGAUCAAUCGCGAAACACUGGCCAUGAUGAAACCCUCAAGCGUGCUCAUUAAUGUCGCUCGAGGCGGAAUCGUUGAUCAACCGGCCUUGGUAGAGGCCCUUCGGAAUGGUACAAUCUUUGCUGCCGGUUUGGAUGUGAUGUCACCGGAGCCGCUCGAUCCGGAAGAUUCGCUUCUCACUCUCCCUAAUUGCAUCGUGGUGCCUCAUCUUGGCACAGCCACCCAGAGGAGUUUGUUGGACAUGUUCACUAUCACAGCUAACAACGUGCUUUCGGUACUUGCCGGAGGGCAACCGGUGGCUCCAUUCAGGAAAUAAAAGAGCAAGCAUUUGGAUUAUAAUA